AAUACGCAUAUCUGAAAUAAUCAUUUGCUCUCCCAGUCAGCGUUCGCCACUUGCCGAGCACACCGAGCGAGCGAGAUUUUUGCGUGUGCAUGAGAGGCAGAGAGAGUCGCGCGCGCCUCGCGAGCCAGCCCCGCAUUUAAUAAUUGUGUUUCUGCCGUUGCCGCUGCAUCUGCUGCGAAGUCUGAUAUAAGCUUGAAAUAUACACGCACGGGAGAGGCCUGCAGGCGCGGAUUACGCAGCCGCGACACACCGAAACACGCCAGUUCGAGCAGACGACGCGGUGUUGUACCACCGACAGAAAAAAGGUUAAACGUCCCACGCGUCGACGGAGAACUGAUCGAAGGAUCGCAAAAGGAAGAGUAACAGAUAAUAAGAAUGGCACACUUGGUGAGGCAGAUGGCCCGCUGCGGCGCGAGGUCGAUCGUCCUUCUGGAGACGUCGUUCCUGUCGGCGCCCAAAGCAUCGAGCUUCGUCAGAAACCUCGCCACCACACACAAAUGCCUCGCGGAGAGAAGGUAUACCGAUAAACACGAGUGGGUCUCGUUGGAUGGAAAAAUCGGCACAGUCGGUAUAUCCGAUUACGCGCAGGAUGCACUCGGCGACGUUGUUUACACUCAGUUACCGGAUAUCGGUCAAGAGAUCAAAAAAGAAGAGGAAUGCGGCGCUUUGGAAUCGGUAAAGGCCGCCUCGGAGAUCAUGAGUCCGUGCAGCGGCAAGGUCGUCGAGAAGAACGAAGCCGUCGAGAACAAACCUGCUCUGAUAAACACCUCCUGCUACGACGAGGGAUGGUUAUUCAAAGUCGAAGUCAGCAAUCCCGAAGAGAUCAAAAAUCUCAUGGACGAGGACGCUUACAACGAGUUUCUCAAGUCCGACCCGCAUUAAUCGCGUGCGUGCACUGCUUAUCGCGACUUUAUAAGCAGCGAUUAAUAAAUAUAAUGCAAUAUACCCGUGUCAGAGUGUGACGUUCAAAGUAAGCGAGGUUCAAAGAAAAGAGCUGAGAACAUGUAGAAACACAAAAAUACAACAAAAAAAAAAACAUAAAAAUUGCAACGAGCGAAUGUGCGGUAACCGGUGUUACGUAGCUUUUCAAUAAUACACAUAAACUUUUGCAAAAUAAACAAUUGAUAAUAAGCCAAAUUUUCGCCGGAAAAAAAACCAUGAUAAUGACUUGUUGCUUACACAUCUUUAUUCAUAGUAAAACAUGUUAUCGUUUUCAAAACAGGCUUCCUGAAAUUUGAUGCUGUAAUAUUCUUUUCUUUUUUUUUUUUUUUAAGCAGUAAGAUUUAUUUUAUGGACGUAUGUUGAAUGAUUUAACAAAAUUAUGUACAAAACUCGAUUUUCCGCUCGAAUUCACCGGUCGAUCAAAUUUUUUUUCUCAUAUUUCGGCGUAUUUUCAGCCAUAUGUUUCCACAUGCUCUUACAAGUAUUUUCAUACUACCUUUGAACAGUCAAGUCUGAAAGUCACAUUAUAUGCACGAUGCUUUUUGCUUUGAAAAUGAAUAAUCAGCACAGACGCAGAUUAACUAUCGAAUUCUUUAAACUGUACAUAUUUGUAACUAAAUUUUAUAAUCGACGAGGCUCGCAUAAUACAUGUAGAUUGUUGAAAUUUCGUUAUAGGAUCCCGAUUUCUUUGUUAUUGUUAUGUUCGACUGUUAUCGUUGGAGUCACAAUUCCAAUUAUAAAUAUACUCAUCGUUUGUGCACUCAUUGUACAGCUGACAUAUGGUUAAUCAACAAAUUAUGGUCACCCGAGCGGUAAUCUAUCAAUACUAAGUAGUUGUAAGCAACGUCGACGUACUUUUAAGCACGUACAGAUUUUGUAACAAACAUUAAACAAUAAAUCAUGGAUUUUUUGAACCA